AUGACAAACCCAGACUGGUGGCCCGGCGAACAGCAUGCCGCCCUCACCGACUGGGCUCUCUCCCACGGCGUCGUCGCCAAUGGGGUCACCCCAGCACGAUUCCCCGGCCGGGGACUGGGCAUGAUAGCGACACGAGAGAUCAGGAAAGGCGAGGUACUGCUGGAAGUGCCCACGUCAGUGAUGCUUACGGUAUCCGAUAUCCCUAGAUACUUCAAACAGAAAUUCCCCGAGGAUACCGCAGUGCAAGCUCUCCUAUCAGCAUUUCUUAUUCACGGACCACCGGAGCUGCUGUCCAGAUUUGACCUGUGGAAAAAAGCAUGGCCGAGCAGACAAGUUUUUGAAGAGAGUAUGCCUAUUCUCUGGCCGGGGGCAUUGGGUGGGCCACAGUGGCCAGACAGUGAAGAAGACACAGAAACAACCGACUUCCUCCCGCCUGCUAUCUCGGGCCACUGGAAUACGAUCCCCGAGAAACAAAACCAAAAACAAUACAAGACAGAGCACCAGAACCUCCUCUCCCAACAAGAGGCCAGACUGCGCAAAGCAUGGAGAGACGUGCUAUGCGUCUUCCCCGAAACCGACUGGAAAACCUUCUCCUACCACUGGCUUAUCAUCAAUACGCGCAGCUUCUACUGGGUCGGCGUCGGGGAAGAGCCUCCCGAGGACCGAAAUGAUGCUAUGGCGUUGCUGCCAUUCGCGGAUUAUUUCAACCAUUCUGACACCGCGUGCCAUGUGAGCUUCAGCAAGGAGGGAUAUGUCUUCCUGGCUUCGGAGGCUUAUAAGGCGGGAGAGGAAGUCUUCAUAAGCUAUGGUUCUCACCCGAAUGAUUUCUUGUUAGCUGAAUAUGGAUUCUUCCUCGACGAGAACAGCUCAGAUGCAAUCUACCUCGACGACAUCGUCUUCCAAGACAUCAAGAAUCACGAGAAACGGGAGCAGUUGUGGAUGAACCAGUAUUACGGUAACUACCAUGUCACCCGCCAAGGAGUCUGCUACCGCACCGAGGUCGCUGCAUGCCUGACAUACAUGAAUGAGGAGGACUGGCAAAAUCAUGUUCUAGAAGGCUCGUCCCAGGGCCUGGAUGAGGCCACGUCCGAGGAUACCAUCAAGAUCUGGAUUCGGGCGUAUCGCAACGAAGCAGACACGAGCAUGGCCGCGCUGCGCACGGUUAUAGACGGCAGUCCUGAACUGCGUGAACAUCGCCAGAAGUUGGAGAUGCUGCUGAGGCGGUGGGUGCAGAUCUGGGAUCUCUGUGACCGCGCGUUGAAAGCUGUAGCAAUAUAG